AUGGCUCAGCCAAGCGUCAGUGACGACCAGGUGGAAGAGUUCGCGACGCUGCGAUGCAACUUUCCAGUGAACAAGCACCAGACCUGCGGUGCAGUCAUAAAGGAGGGGGUCUUCCUCCGCUGCCGGCACCUCCUGUGCAAGGAGCACGCGCAAGAGUGGUUCCUGGGUUCGGACGAGUGUCCUGUGUGCCGCGAUGGGAUCUGUGCAAAGCGGCGCCAUGUUGGCCGAGCUGAUGACAGGGAGCGGCUGAAGCUGCUCCAGGAGCUCCUUGUCACGUCGUCGCCGCUCGAAGUCCAGGAGGCGGCCGCCGUUGCAUUGGAACUGUGGGAAGGCCAGAAGGCAGAGGAAUUCGGACGAGAGGUGGCAAGGGAACAGGAGCUGAUGGCGCACGUGAACCAGCUGAACCGCACUGUCCGGAGGCGCCUGACAGAGGCAGAGUCUGCGGUGAAAUCCCAGCUGGCCAAAACAGAGGAUCUGCGCCGAAAAGUCGCGGAGGCCGAGCGAAAUCUGAGACAGGAUCGAGAGUGCGUUUCGCGACUGCAGUCUCGCAUUCAGCAGCUGCACCGUUCCAGCCAGCAGAAGCUCUGUGAUGCCGCCGGGCUCACACCACCGAAGAAGAGACUUCGAAGCUCCCUCUUCGAGGACACGGCUUUCCACUGA